AUGGUGCGCGAAAUUACGUUUGUGACGGGGAACGCGAACAAACUGCGCGAGGUGCAGCAGAUCCUCAACGCGUCCGGCGAUGCACAGUGGACGCUCACGUCUCGCGAGCUCGAUGUGUCCGAAGUGCAAGGCACGACGCAGCAAGUCGCACUGGCCAAGUGCCGCAGCGCCGCGCUUCAGCUGCAAGGCCCAUGCCUCACCGAGGACACCGCGCUGCUGUUCCACGGGAUGCGUGGCCUUCCCGGCCCCUACAUCAAGGAUUUCCUCAAAGGGCUUGGCCUCCAUGGCCUGAACAAGAUGCUGCAAGGAUUCGAGGACAAGAGCGCGACGGCGCUGUGCACCUUUGCCUUCUCGCACGGCCCAGGCCACGAGCCGGUACUGUUCGAAGGCGCAACGCAAGGCACGAUUGUGCCGCCGCGCGGCGAGACGCAAUUUGGGUGGGACCCGAUAUUUGAGGCGGCCGAGUCGGGCAAGACGUUUGCCGAGAUGGACGGCGCGGAAAAGAAUGCGGUUUGUUGCCAUGUUGCUCACUAUAGAUUUCGCACCGCGCCCGCGCGCUAG